AUGUGUAUUCGAGUCUUACAAGGGAAUGGCGGCGUUGGUGGAAAUUCUUCGGAGGACGAAUUUUACGAUUGUUCAGAGGGCGAGGGAGGCGAGGAACAACCACCGUGGGACCGGCCGGUGGGGCGCCUCAGCCGCCUUGGAAAUGAGACACUUAAAAAUGGCGCACCCCUUUAUAUUCCUCGUACGCAGGAUCCGGCGCCAAAAACUGAAGAUCAGUUGGAAGAGGAUGCUGAACUCAUGGUUCGACUGGGUGACGAUGCAAAAGCAUCUGAGCUUCGUGCGAGAAUGAUGAGUGCUUCGUUAUUAUCUGACAUGGAAGCAUUUAAAGCAGCGAACCCUGGGGCAGAGCUAUGCGAUUUUGUGCAUUGGUACUCUCCUCGAGACUGGAAACCAGACGACGGAGGGUCUUUAGGUGACCGUAUGUUGUUGCCUGGAAACCCGUGGGUUGAAGCUUGGAAUGUAGCUCGACCAGUCCCAGCCGCAAGACAACGGCGUCUCUUUGAUGAGACGCGUGAAGCAGAACAGGUUUUACACUUUCUAUGCUCUCGUACGGUAGGAGCGGUUGCUGAGCUUUUGCUACCUGCUGUAAUUAAAGCAGGAGCGUUGAAAGCCAUCGAAGAAGGCGUUCCGGGAAAUAGUUCGAACGUCAGUGGUGUUGAUAAGAGACGUACUUUCGAAAUAGCAGCUCGGGAACUCUUUGAAGCUGAGAAAGAAGCGUGCAGGUCUCUGUGUGUGCGUAGAAUACUUGGUAAUAGUUCUGAAGGGAAACCUUUAGAUGUAGCUGGAAGAACUAGAGUAUUGAAUGCAAUGGGGGGCUCUCUGCCACCUCCAAUUCGUAGAGAGUUUACGCUAAGAGUUAAUGACGCUGUCGGUCCACAAGUGAUGAGGGCUGCUCUAUCUACAGACAUGAUCCUUAUUGGAGCCUUCAUGGAGCGCAUUGUGUGUUUGUAG